AGCUACAGUUCACUGGACCGAAGAAAGUUGAAUCAUUGCUAUGUAGACCGUAUGUUGAAAGCACCAAUCGUUUGAGCAGAACGCCAAAACGAAACCAAAAUAAUACAGUUUUUCGCGCCAUUCGCCUAUCAUAUUUAGUUCGGGUUGAUCCAUUCCAUGCUGAUUCAACAUAAUUGUACUUGUUGUAAUUGGUUUCACUUAUCUAGUAUCGACAAAUAUUUAUCACAGGCGUUUAUUAAUUACUCAUUUCGGAGAUCUAAUGAUGAAUUACCCUACCGAUAAAAGAAACGCAGUUUCGUCAGACAGAGAGUUCGCGUUUUCGGAUAUCUCUUUCGACUUCGUCCGUCAGGCCCAGAACGAGUUCUGCUUAGACCGUGAUUGGGACCAAUAUCACACUCCAAGGAACUUAAUGUUAGCUUUAGUUGGCGAAAUUGGCGAACUCGCUGAAAUAUUCCAAUGGAAGGGCGAAAUCUCUAAAGGCGUGCCUGAACUGAGCUCCGAUGAGAAAACGCACCUGGGUGAAGAACUUAGCGAUGUCCUUCUUUAUCUGAUCAGAUUAGCCGAACGCUGUGAAGUGGACUUACCAAUGGAAGCUCUACGGAAGUUGAAAAAAAACGCGGAAAAGUAUCCUGUUAGCCUUGCGAAAGGCCGCAGCGGGAAACAUGACCAAUCGCAGUAAAACGUUGAAGUUAUCAAGCAAUUAAAAAUGUCUGAUAUUUCGUAGAUAAAGACGUAAGAGGGUUACGCAAGAAUGUGCUGAACUCCAGUAAAUGCAACGAAUGAAUGUUAAUAAAAUAGCAGAAUAUUCAUCCCCAUUGAAUCCUUCUGUGUCUGCAAUUCGUAAUUACUUCCAUUUUUGACUUCUGGGAAGCCUAGGAUAAUAGCAUUAAAAUUUCGUUACUCCACAGUGCAACAUGCAAUUGAUUGUACGAUUGCUAAGGUGGCUUAAAGCCUCGCCAACAAAGAAAAUAAAAAAUGACUCGACCAUAUUUAGUUAGGUUAGACACCCAUGCCAAAAUGGCGGAACACGAUCGUCUGUGUCUGUUCAGUAAAUACAAUUAAUUCGCUUUCACUAAUUUUUUGCAUAGCUGUAGCUACUACCUUAAUAAAUUAAGACAUUUUCUAUCUGGACAUAUUUUUUUUUAUUCUGUUAUUAUAGUCAUAUAAUUAUUAUACAGUAUGCUAGCAAUCGGCAUGCUAUCUCACACGCAUUGUCUCCCACUGUUACUGAAUGUAAUAGCGUUGGUGUGUCGGUACCUUAUCAUAGAAGAACUUAAUAAAUUAUACAACGACUACAAAAUACUAAUGGUCCUUCGUUGCGUAACAGAUUGGCAUAUCACGUACUCGAGCUUCGUUUAGCUUCUGUUUCAUUUUCCCAUUUAACUAUUUAAGUACUAUACUUCAUUUUGGCAGGUUUUCGUGUGCACUGAAAAUUGCUAUGUUACAUAAAAUAGUCUACCUUUGAGGAUGAUUCUUUUCCAAAAAUACUUCAGACUAUACAAGCACUCUAAGAACACGUUUUUUAGCCACGUGACCUUGGUAUAGAGGCUGUUUGAUGCACAGAAAAUAUGGCCACUUGAAAGCGGUUAGCGGUUUUGUAGUGGCACACAUUUCAAAACAGAUAGUAUCAGAGCAACACUGUAUGUUGCUGUUUUAUGCGCCUAGUGUUAUAACCAUUGUCUUCCUUUAUGGCUUGGAAGGCUACUUUAGCGUUUGUUUAUAUGUUUCUUAGUUUUUUGGUCUUCAAAUAAUACGUGUCGAAUACAACAGGUAAUCAACAUUUAUAGCUAUGUAGCAUUACUAUGAAGAAUACGCUAUCGAACAGCCGUACAUGAAGGAAAUCAAUACAGCUUUGAAUAUAGAGAAGAUUUGUUCAUGAAACUCCAGCAAAAUGGUGAUUCUUCACUCAGUCAUUCAUUAAAUCAAGACAUUAUACAUACAUUUUCAUACAGUCUUCAGCAACCUUCUGAACAGUUUUCACUUGGCAAGCGUAAGCAAUAAUAUUUGCUUGCCUGAGCUCAUUAAGACCUUUCUUAGCGGAUAGUUCGUAAACGCCCUUGCACUAAAGAACACGUGCGGUGCUACAGUAUCAUAGCGGAAGCACGAGGACAGACCUUCACGCCAAGACCCCACCGGAACCUAAAUACGUAUUAAUCAGAGCUCUCAUUUAGAGUUUAUCUCCGUUGACGGCACAUGCAUAUAAUGUAGCAGCCUUGGAAAUCCAAUGGUCGAAUAAUAUCGUAUAAAAUCCUUUUAAUAAGUUUAAAUAAAAAAAAAUUAAAUUAAAUUUUAACUUGAUCUUAUGUAAUUUGUAAGUCUUAGACGAAACCAUCACAGCUCUCUGCACAAUACUCAUUCUAACUAUCAUUCACAACCUUUGAAAACACCCGCAUCAUUAUCAU